AAACAGAAACCGGUAUCUCAAGUUCGUCUGUUUAUUAUCAGGAGUUUUCCUGUAGAGUGUAUAGGUUGUUAUAAGUCAGUGUUUUAACUUUUAUCUUAAACAUGGCUGAAGAAAAGCGCAAAUAUGAUGCGGUAGUUUUUGGAGCAAGUGGUGUUACUGGGCAAUAUGUAGUUGAAGAAUUAGCUCUUCACACUAUAGGAAUAAACUGGUGUAUAGCCGGUCGGAAUUUGGAAAAAUUGCAGGAGACUUUAAGAGACAUUGGCAGUUCAAUAAGCAAAGAUUUGAGUGAUAUUAAGAUUCUCAUAGCCGAUGUAAAUGAUGAUUCAUCUUUGGACAACAUGUGCACAAGUACAAAACUCGUACUGAAUUGUGUUGGACCUUAUCGAUUUUUUGGAGAAAAACUUGUUCAGCAUUGCAUAAAGAAUAAAACUCAUCAUAUUGAUGUCAGUGGUGAACCACAGUUUUUAGAAACUAUCCAAGUUAAAUAUUUUGAUGAAGCAAAAGAACAGAAUGUAUAUAUUAUUGGUGCUUGUGGCUUUGAUAGCAUACCUUGUGAUAUGGGAAUAGAAGUUUUGCGUAAAAAAUUUGGUGGGGACUUGCAUUCUGUAGAAACAUAUCUGAAGGCAAAACUUCCACCAGGUAACACUGUCAAUUUUGGAACUUGGCAGUCUGCUAUAUAUGGUCUAGCACAUUCAGAUGAAUUGAAACCACUCAGGAAAGAGCUGAAAGAAAAGAUUUUUACCAAAGGAUUACGAAAGCCAGAUUAUCAUUUAAAGAAAAGACCUCUUCUGUUCAAAAGCAAAGAAGCUAAAGGCUGGUGCAUUCCAUUUAUAGGUAGUGAUAGAUCUGUUGUAUUAAGAACACAGAUGUACAAUUAUCAAUUUAAGAAUGAAAGACCAGUUCAAGUUCAAACAUAUAUGAAAACUUAUUCCCUGUUUUAUGCUUUGGUGACAUUACUAAUGGGUGGAAUUUUUAUGCUGAUGACGAAAUUUGUAAUGGGUCGUUAUUUACUGGAAAGGUUUCCUGAACUUUUUUCUCUUGGUGUCUUCAGCCGAACACCCCCAGUGAAAGAAAAGGCCUCUGGUGGUUCUUUUGAAUUCAUAUUCAAGGCUAAAGGAUGGUCUGAGAAACUUUUAGAUCCAUCUGAUAAACACGCAAGUCCUCCAAAUAAAACAGUAAAAGCAGUUUUAAAAGGCCCAGAUCCUGGCUAUAUAACAACAGCUAUCUGUAUUGUUAGUGCAGCUGUAGUUGUACUACUUGAGCAUGAUCAUCUUCCAAAAAAGGGUGGUGUCUUUACUCCUGGUGCUGCUUUUAGUGAUACAAGUCUUAUGGAAAAAUUGGAAGCAAGAGGAAUCAGCAUGAAUAUUGCAGAGUUAUAAAUUUAAAUAUACUAAUUUUGUGUUGCAAAUUAAAUGCCAAUUUUCAUUUUAUAUUAUAAAUGAAGUACAUACAUUUCAGAAAUACUAUAAUAAAAGAUUUAUUUUUCUUUUUGC